AAACAGACUAUUGAAUAAACAACUCAAUAAUUUCCCAAAGAUUAUAUCAAUAAUUUCUUUUUAUUAACAGGCCUACUGUUCUCACGAUUUUUUUUAUGAUAGUUGCUAAUCUUGGUCUAUCAGUUUCCAGAUGUCAUUUUUGCCAAAUGAAAAGGCUGAAGUAAUUAAUAAAUCAGAUGGAAUGUCAUUAUCAGAGAGUAAUUCUACAGCUGGUCUAGAGUUUGAACCUAUAUCAUCAUGUUAUGAAGUUUACUCUGUUAUAGGAAAAGGACAUAAUGAUGCUGCUAGUAUAUCAUUAGCUAAGCACCUAUCAUCAGGACAUCAUGUAGCUAUUAAACGUAUUGGCUUAGAAACACCAGGUUUAGAUUACAAUGCACUUCAGAAUGAGAUCGUGUUGUGUCAACAGUUAAAUCAUCCCAAGAUUAUACCCCAUUAUUGUAAUUUCAUGCAUUGUCAAGAAUUAUGGACUGUUAUGCCACUAAUGGCUUUUGGUUCUAGUCGUGAUCUAAUACAUGCUUAUUUUUCUACUGGUCUACCAGAAUCAGCUAUAGCCUAUAUAUUACGUGAUAUUUUACAAGCUUUAGAAUAUCUUCACAGUAGAGGAAUUAUACAUAGGUCUAUUAAAGCAGCCCAUAUAUUGAUAGGAGCUAGUGGUAAAGUCUGUUUAUCAGGUUUACAGUAUGCUUACUCUAUGAUACAGGGAGGUAAAAAAUACAAACUAGUCCAUGAUUAUCCUGAAAAUGCUGUCCAAUGUCUACAAUGGUUUAGUCCAGAAAUAUUGAAACAGAAUCUAGCUGGAUAUGAUACUAAGUCAGAUAUAUAUAGUCUAGGUAUAACAGCUUGUGAGUUAGGUAAUGGACAGACACCUUUCUCAGAUAUGCCAGCUACACAGAUGUUAUUAGAAAAGUUGAAUGGAACUAAACCAAUAUUAGCAGAUUCUACAUUUAUCCUUCUCUUUAACUUUACAAAAACCUAUAGCUCACUCUUGAUAUCAUAUUUUUCAGGUCAGACAGUUUCAGAUGAAACAAAAGCAGAUAAUGCCAUAUUUAAGAGAACAUUUUCUCAACAUUUCCAUAAUUUUGUUUCUCUUUGCCUUGAGAAAGAUCCCAAACUAAGACCAACAGCAUCAGCAUUAUUAAAUCAUCCUUUCUUUAAGAAGUUAAAUAAGAGAACAUGUGAUAUUUUACCUGGAUUACUACAUCCUGUUACACCUUUAACU